GGGCUGGGCAUGUUGGGGGGGAUGCGUGUGCGCACUUGCGCAUGCGCUCUCCUUUGGGGCAGUGAGAGGAGAAGGGAGCACCAGGGAGGAAGCCCCGAUUUGCAGCCGUGACUCUGGGUGCAUCUUCAGUGGGGCGGAGCCGAUUCUUUCUUCCCUGUUGGGUCAGAGGAAGUGCGUCUGCAGGCUGCCAGGGCCCCGAUGCUGCGAGCCUGUGCCGCUUGCCUGCUUGUCUUGGUCCCUAGCCCCCUGUGGUCACCCUGGCUAGCUGCAUGCUGUGAAACCCCGGGUGCUUUGCCCCUUCUGACUUCACGGUGGCCCUUGACGCUCCCUCGUUUUCCACCCAACACUUUCCUGAAACGUUUGUUUCUGCCUUGGGGCCUUUGCACAUGCUGUCCUGCCACCUAGACCACUUGUUCUCAUCAUCUUGCUCCUUUUUGCCUGACUAGCUCCUGCAGGAAGACUUCCCCCCUCCCCCACCCCUCUCUCCCGCACCUUACCCACCUGGACACGUAGAGCGCCCCCCAAUCACCAGGCUGCUCCCUCAAUCUGGGUGGAGGUCAUGGAGUGAAGGAGCAAAUGGAAUUGGGACAGCGACCGUCUGGCGGAGCCUGAGCCCCUUCUGGGGCGAGGAGUACACGGUGCACCUGCCCCUGGAUUUCCACCACCUGGCCCUGUACGUGCUGGACGAGGACACCGUUGGGUGCGUGGCGGGCAGGCGGGAUGCCCAGGAGGCACGAUGACGUCAUCGGCAAGAUCUCCCUGAGCAAGGAGGCCAUCACGGCUGACCCCCGAGGGAUCGACAGCUGGAUCAACCUGAGCCCUGUGCACCCGGACGCGGAGGUGCAAGGUGAGAUCUGCCUGGCGGUGCAGGUGCAGGAGGAUGCCCACGGCCGGUGUCUCCGCUGCCAUGUGCUUCAAGCCAGGGACCUGGCCCCUCGGGACAUCUCUGGCACCUCUGACCCGUUCGCUCGUGUGUUCUGGGGCGGCCAGAGCGCGGAGACGUCGACCAUCAAGAAGACGCGCUUCCCACAUUGGAACGAGGUGCUGGAGCUGCGGGCCACGCCGGGCGCCCUGACCCCGCUGCGAGUGGAGCUCUGGGACUGGGACAUGGUGGGCAAGAACGACUUCUUGGGCAUGGUGGAGUUCCCGCCCCAGACCCUGCAGCAGAAGCCGCCCAGCGGCUGGUUCCGCCUCCUGCCCUUGUCCAGCGCCGAGGAGGAUUCUGGGGGCAGCCUGGGGGCCCUGCGGCUGAAGGUGCGGCUCUCGGAGGACCGCGUGCUGCCCUCGGGGCGCUACCAGCCGCUCAGGGCGCUGCUCCUGGACGCCGUGAGGGCGCCGGCCGAGGAGGACACUGCCAGCCCCCUGGCUGUGCUGGAGGAGGUGGCCUCGGGGGACUGCCGCGGGGACCUGGCCACCACCCUGGUGAAGCUGUUCCUGGGCCAGGGCCUGGCCGGGCCCCUGCUGGGCUACCUCACCCGGAGAGAGGUGGCCCGCACCACCGACCCCAACACGCUCUUCCGCUCCAACUCCCUGGCUUCCAAGUCCAUGGAGCAGUUCAUGAAGCUCGUGGGCAUGCGCUACCUGCACGAGGUCCUCAAGCCAGUGGUCAGCCGCAUCUUCGAGGAGAAGAAGUACGUGGAGCUGGACCCCUGCAAGAUGGACCUGGGCCGGGCCAGGAGGAUCUCCUUCAAGGGUGCACCCUCAGAGGACCAGGUGCGGGAGAGCAGCCUGGGGCUGCUGACCGGCUACCUGGGGGCCAUCGUGGACGCCAUCGUGGGCUCCGUGGGGUGCUGCCCGCCCGCCAUGCGCCACGCCUUCAAGCAGCUGCGCCUCUGUGUGGCAGAGCGCUUCCCGCAGGCUGAGCACCAGGACGUGAAGUACCUGGCUGUGAGCGGCUUCCUCUUCCUGCGGUUUUUCGCCCCGGCCAUCCUCACGCCAAAGCUCUUUGACCUCCGGGACCAGCACGCAGACCCCCAGACCAGCCGCUCGCUGCUGCUGCUGGCCAAGGCUGUGCAGAGCAUUGGAAACCUGGGCCAGCAGCUGGGCCAGGGCAAGGAGCUGUGGAUGGCACCCCUGCACCCCUUCCUGCUGCAGAGCGUCUCCCGCGUGCGGGCCUUCCUGGACCAGCUGGUGGACGUGGAUGGGGAUGAGGAGGCUGGUGGCCCAGUGAGGGCCCUGGUCCCGCCCUCGGUGACACUUCGAGAAGGCUACCUGCAGAAGCGCAAGGAGGAGCCGGCCGGCCUGGCCACGCGCUUCGCCUUCAAGAAGCGCUACUUCUGGCUCAGCGGGGAGGAGCUGGCCUGCGCCAAGGGCCCCGAGGGGCAGGAGCGCAGCUCCAUCCCGGUGUCGCACAUCCGCGCCGUGGAGCGCGUGGACGAGGGCGCCUUCCAGUUGCCCCACGUGAUGCAGGUGGUGACGCAGGACGGCGCGGGGGCGCUGCACACCACCUACCUGCAGUGCAAGAACGUGAACGAGCUCAACCAAUGGCUGUCGGCCCUGCGCAAAGCCAGCGCCCCCAACCAGGACAAGCUGGCCGCCUGCCACCCGGGUGCCUUCCGCGGCGGGCGCUGGACCUGUUGCCUGCAGGCUGAGCGCCCAGCUGCGGGUUGCAGUCGCACACACUCAGCCAUCACCCUGGGGGACUGGAGCGACCCUCUGGAUCCCGAUGCUGAGACCCAGAUGGUGUAUCGGCAGCUGCUUCUGGGGCGGGACCAGCUCAGGAUGAAAUUCCUAGAGGAUUCCAGUCUGGACCCAGACCUGGAGGAGGACACGGGCAGGGGUCCUAGUGCCACCCUGGGGACCUGCCCCGAGGUCCUGGCCCGGCAGAGGGCAGCGGCAGCCCGCCUGCUGGAGGUGCUGGAAGACCUGGAUCACGCCCACGAGGAGUUCCAGGGGCAGGGCCAGGGGAAGGUAGCCCCUGGCCCCCCGGCACCCUAAGACGCUCCAGGGCCAGUCUGGAAGGAGGAGUAAGGAGCCCCGGGGCCUCCUCAGCGCACCCUGGCCCAGGAGCCUCCCCGUGGCUGUCCUGAGCCUCUUCAGCGCUGCUUCCUGGAAACUCUCAGAGACCCUUCUAGGCCUGUGUGCCCUGAGUCCAGACAGGCAGGCCUUUGGCAGGGGUCAGCCUUGCGCAGAAUGAAUGGAGGAGUCUUCAGGUUGAAUGGGACUGGAGUGGACAGGAGAAGGAGCUUGACUUUUCUGAUCCUGGAGCCUUCUUCAUUGGACUAGCCUCUACCCACACCUAGGAAGCCAGGCUUGCCCUGAGCUGCUGGACACAGCUAUACCUGGAAUCCCAAUGCCCCUGUGGCCUUGUCGCCCCCAUGGGCUCAGCUCUUCCUGUUUUCACAUCAGCUAAUCCCUGUAACCUCACUGUCUUUCUGUAUAUUGUCUUUGCCUGCGGGCUCCAACUCCAGCUUCCAGAAUCAGGUGCCCUCUGGGAGAUUGGAGGCUGGGAGCCCGGGUGUGUCAGAUUCAUAGCCUGAGAGACCGUGGGCCAGCUCUUGCCCCAUAUAAAAUGUGGAGGAAGUGA